AUGGGAGGCUCCCCUCCUAGCGGAGACUCUGUCCGUUCUGUAAAAGACUAUCGUCGACAAGUCGCGACUUCCCAGAAGUGGCCGACUAAACCGACAAGUCAUCCUCCGAUAACCUUCUCACCGGACGACGCUGAAGGAGUUCACGCUCCCCAUAAUGAUCCUCUUCUCGUCGUCCUUGGAAUUGGAGAGUAUGAUGUCACCAAGAUCCUCAUUGACACCGGAAAUUCCGUCAACCUCAUCUUCCUAGGAACUCUGCAGAAGAUGGGAGUUGAUCUUGACGACAUAAAAGCGUCCUCCAGAACGUUAAUCGGAUUCAAUGGAUCCUCUGAAACUAUCUUGGGAACGAUCCGUCUCCCGGUACGCGCGUGUGGCGUUACUCGAACGGUUAAGUUUGCCAUUGUAAGCACAAAAGCUCCGUAUCACGCUAUACUUGGCACCCCUUGGCUACACUCGAUGCAAGCCGUUCUUUCCACCUACCACCAGUGCGUCAAGUUCCCUGGUACGGACGGAAGGAUAAAAACGUUGUGA